UGUUAUUUCGCAGGCUCGGUCUGUUUGGUACUUGAUGCCAACUCGAACUCCUCCCGUCUUAAAAUGAGUGAGCAGCAGCAGCAAAAUGAAAUGGCCGCUUUGGAAAGUGAUGGAGACUUCCUUAAAAAGCGAAACUCCAGUAAAGGGCAAGCCAUCGCCCAGCAGCCGUCUCCCUUAGCCCUGCUGGCAGCCACCUGCAGUCGAAUAGAUGAGAAUGACGCAACGCAACAGCAGCAGACCCUGAAUCAGCACCAUCGGCUUGAGAUAAACCACUCGCAACUUUCUCACACUACCAGUGGCUGGCAGCUUAUUCCUGUUCAUGCUCAGACAGCUGCCAGCUCUGGUAUGUCUCAAGGAGCAGCCCCUGCAACAGAAGACAAAAACCAACAUGCAGUGACCACUGGAGCAGACGCACAUCAGCAGCAACAGAGCAUGGUGGCAUCUGCUCCAAGCGUACAGGGCCAGCAAGUGCUUACCACAUUAUCGGGUAUGAUGCCCAAUAUCCAGUAUCAAGUCAUUCCCCAGUUUCAGACGGUGGAUGGGCAGCAUCUCCAGUUUGCUCAGGCAUCCCAAGAUUCCUCUGCUGCAGGUGCAGCACAGAUUCAGCUCAUGUCCUCACCCAGCGGUAGCCAGCAGUUCUUUACGGCUACUGCCAACCAAGGAACAGGAGCUGGCAACAUCCUAACUGUUCCUGGCCUGCUUCAGCAGACCAUUCCACUUCAUAACUUGGCUUUAAGCAACACUGUGCUGCCUAGUCAGACACAGUUCUUUGCCAACAUGCCUGUAUCACUAAAUGGUAAUGUCACCCUCCUUCCACUGAGUGCUGGGGCAGCUAACGGAGUGAAAACUGAAGACGUUUCAAGCAGAACUGCGGAUAUCGCUCAGCAGCCAGUCCAAGCCCAACAGACACCAGCCUCCACAUCCAGCGCUGAAUACCAUAGCAACUCAACCACUUCCAUAGCACAGUCUGCAGCCUCAUAUAGUGGUGGGAUAUCAGCCCACAGCAACAGUGUGACAGGGGCCACCUUGGCAACCAUAGCUGGAGGAGCUUCAGUCCAGUCUGAAAACAGAAAUGGCCAGCAGCCCCAGAUUGUUAUUCAGCCUCAGCAGCUCCUACAGGGAACACCUACACUGCAAGCCAUUCAACCGAGCAUGAUUGCUUCCAGUGGUCAGGUGUUUGCAACACACACCCUUUCUCAGGAUGCCGUGCAGAAUUUGCAGAUCCAGACUAUCCCUAACAGCCCAAUUCUUCUACGCACUGUAGGCCCUAAUGGUCAGGUUAGCUGGCAGACCGUACAGCUGCAGAGCACAAAUGGUGCUCAGAUUACCCUGGCACCAGUGCAUUCAGUUCCUCCACUGACUCAGACUGGCACAGGUGCCACUGUGCAGCUGCCAGGCCUUCAAACCAUCAACCUGGGCAAUGCUGGGCUGCAGAUGCAUCAGCUACAGGGACUUCCCAUCACCAUUGCCAACACUACAGGUGAGCAGGGUGGUGUAGGGGGAGAGACUCUGGAUGACUCUACGGUUUUAGAUAGGAGUUUAGAAACCAGUCCUACACCCCCUAGCCGACGCACACGCAGAGAAGCCUGCACCUGCCCCUACUGCAAAGAUGGGGAAGGCCGCAGUGACCCAAAUAAAAAGAAACAGCACAUUUGCCACAUCUCUGGUUGUGGAAAGGUAUAUGGCAAGACAUCUCAUCUACGAGCACAUUUGCGUUGGCAUACAGGAGAGAGACCCUUUGCCUGCAACUGGGCAUACUGUGGAAAACGUUUCACACGCUCCGAUGAACUGCAAAGACACAAGAGAACGCACACAGGUGAAAAGAAGUUCUGCUGCCCUGAGUGUCCCAAACGCUUCAUGCGCAGUGACCAUCUCUCAAAGCACAUCAAGACACACACAAAAAAGAAAGGCGCUACUGGUGGUUUGACCUCGGUCUCCAGUGACAGCAACAUUACCACCGCUGUCUCCAAUGAACACCCUUCUGUUGGUGGCUCGAGGACAGACCAGCAAACUCUCAUAACCAUGGAGACAUUGUCACCAGAAGGCAUCGCACGCUUAGCCAGCAGCGGGAUUAACGUAAUGCAAAUAGGAGAUCUUCAGUCUGUAAGCCUAAAUACCAAUGGCUUUUAAGGAAGGUGCUAUAAUGAGUACUUAAGCAUGAAAAUAAGGUAAACGGGCCUGGGAUUUGGCAUAGAAUUACUGCCUGUAGGAUAUAUUGCAUCAGGGUUUUAGUUUUAGUGGCCAUUGUAAGUGUAGGAAUGGGGUUAACCCUAACCCUAGUUUGUUUCCCCACUAUUCUACUUUGCAUGGUGCUUUACUUUAGAUCAGGCAGCAUGCACUUCACUGUUCUCCACUUUGAAGAGUAUAGGAUCCCUGUAUGUUCAGGUCUGCUCAUAUAAGAUUGUUAAAAUGUAUAUAAAUAGUUUCUCUUUUUUUAAUGGUAAAUUCUACGUAUGUAAGACAUCAUGCUUUGAUAGAUUUGUUGUAGUAAAUAAUUUAAAUGAGUUUUGCUUUGUUUUUGUACAUAAAUUAUAUUUUUCUAAACAUGAAAAUUAUGUGAAUUGAGAUGGUCUUGGUUGUUGUUUUCAUGCACAAUCUUAAAAUAUUUUAUAUUUAAAAGAUCAUCUUGCCUAAGAUAAAUCUCUGUCUACACCAGUGUGUACCCUGCUGUAGAGGCAUGAACAGAUUUCACUCAGUGUUGAGAAGUUACUGGCUGUUCAUCACACUGUGCCAUUAUAUUUGUAAUUUCUUUAUAAAAAAAAAAAAAAUAAAUCCAGUUUUUUUUCCCCUUUAAUUAAGGUUGCUUGACCUGGAAAGAAAUCCAUUAACUUCCAUAUGCAGAUUUUUAUGAUGUGGUUUAAAUGUAUUGGAGUUCAAAUGGAAAUUCCUUUCUCUAAAGGAGCUGGAGACAGCAGAUGACUUUGUGCACUUCUCAGACUUCAGGGGGAAGAACAACUGAAAUGUUUGAUUUAAUGUUCAGUAUUGCCUUUAUAAAUGGUGCAUCAUAUUUUUAAUGAACAUUCCAAGUUCCUUAGAAUGAUCACAUGUGAAAGCUGAAGCCAUGUAGUCCUGCACCCUGUCCCCCAACUAACAAAAUGUAAGAACAGUGUUUAUGGGAAAGCUAAGGCAGGGAAUUCAAGACGGCAGCAAAACACUGAAGCGAUUGAGGCUGUCAUAAAUUGUAUGUUCAUUUUAUGGCAAAUUGUACAUUGUUACACUGCAUGGAAACCAGCAUAGUCUGGGCUAAUUCACAGUCAUGAUGGAGACAUGUUAGGAUUGUGAUAUGUGGGUGGAUGUGGGGUUUUGUUUUGUUUGUUUGUUUGUUCUGUUUUGAGUUAAAUCUGGAUAUCUUAAGAACCUUGUUUAUGUUACUCUUAAUUAUGUGUAUGGGGCAAUUGGGUUUGUCUUAUGGCUA